AGCCCCGAGCUCGUACGGUGCGCCACACUCUUCCUCUUGAAUUGCAUGGAUUGUCGGUGUAUGGGCGGCGAUUGCAAUGCUUUGGUGCAUGGCUGUAAGAUGAGUGCAAUCUCUUGUCCAAAACGGUAAUGCCGGGAUCGUAGUUCCAUGGGACAGAUCAGAUGCGGAGCGGUGCCUUGCUCAUUGCAUGCGGGUUUGCAUACAUAUCACCUCAUGCAUACCGCUUCGAAAAGGAAACUCGUAUCUUGAUCCAUUUGUGGAGUGGCAAGUCACGAUCUUCGAGCAAUAUCUUCCGAGCGAGGGCUCUGACCGGCUUGCUGAUCACUUUGUCUCCUGAGGCUGUUUGUUUCAUAGCUAACAAUAUCCGGGCUGGACGUGCCUGGAGGUAUAUACCAUCCGGUGUCUGUGCUUUGGGUUGUUGUGGCAUUCUUUUUUUCCACGAAAGUAAUCGAGAGAAAGGCUGGCAUUACUUCGCCUUCUAGUGAAGGCUGUCAGAACAGUUGAGAAGUUCGAUCAUGAUCAAAGUCCAAGGAUUGGAACAUUGCAUUUGACAAAGGAUUAACACUAAGUC